AUACCAGUUAUGAUAUGAUACGAGUCAUCACAUAAUACGAGCCAUGAUAUGAUACGAGUCAUGAUAGGAUACCAGUUAUGAUAUGGUACGCGUUAUCAUAUUAUACGAGUCAUAUGAUACCAUUUAUGAUAUUAUACGAGUCAUGAUAUGAAACAAUUUGUGAUAUUAUACGAGUUAUGAUAUGAAACGUGUUAAGAUAUGAUACGAGUAAUGAUGUACGAGUAAUAAUAUUAUACGAGUAAUGAUAAGACACGAGUUAGGAUAUGAUAAGAGUCAUAACAUAAUACGAGUCAUGAUAUACGAGUUUUGAUAUGGUACGCGUUAUGAUAUGAUACGGGUCAUACGAUAUGAUACGAGUCAUAUGCUAUGAUACGAGUCAAGAUAUGAUAGUACUUUGAUCUAAUACGAGUCAUGAUAUGCUACGGGCUAUAAUAUGAUACGAGUUAUGUUAUGGUAGUGUUAUUAUAUGAUACGAGUUAUGAUUUUGUUACGGUAUGAUCAAAGCCCUUCCGUUUCCCAUUUGUAGACAGAUUUUAAACUUUUGUAAUAAAUAUUCAGACAUUCAUAAAUUUUUAGUUGGCUGUUGGUAAAAUAAUGUCCAUAUGGUUCAAAUUCUUUAGGUGUUAACAGGACCGCUGACUUACUGAUUGACAAACAUCGUUAGUCACAUUCCGUAAAAAUAGCAACUCAAAUUAUGUGUUAGCUGGGAAUUUGGCUCAAAUCAGUGCGAAAAUUCAAAUAUAGAUUUUUUUUUCGUUGUAAAGUGUGCGUGGAUUGCUGCGAAGAAUUUAAGGAGUUUGAACCAUUGAUUACGUCACAUAUAAUUAAAUUCGUCAGUUGGGGUGCCUUUUUGACAGGAUUGUAUUACUGACCCGACAGGUCGCGUCGUAGUCUUUACGCGUCUGUGCGAUAUCCCGGUAGAAAGUCCUACAAACUAGAAGCUUGGUAUGUAACGUUGGUUCAUUCUUGGUUCAAGGAAGAUUGUAUUGAUUUUGUAAUCUAAAGGUCAAAGGUUAGUAAAUUUAUAUUGAUCCAGGAAAAAAUGUUAAUCAUGUCGGUAACGACUUUUCUUACAUUCUGUCGGGUUCUUCAGUAUUUGCAUUGCAUUGGUUUAUUGUUUUGUUCAGAUUGUUUAUAUUUUGAAAAAAAAAAUAUCUUGUUAAAAAAUUCCUCGACUUCCUGUAUCACAUAUUUAAAAAAAUUGAUUAAAAUAAUUAAACUUUUGUUUUGGUUUUUAUAAAUAAACUCAUGAACUAAUUAAGGCAAGGCUUCUUUUGCAACAGUCUUUCUUAGAAAUGUGUGAUUUUAAAGUUAAUCUGUUUUCACUGAUACCUUAUAGUGCAUUUCAGUAGUAAUGUUUUAGGGUGUAAUAUUUUAAAAAUUUAUCCUGAUAAAACAUGUCGAUAAUGUAACUCACUUUAGUAUCAGCUCAAGAAGUAAACACUGCCAAUAGUGGUCCGUAAGCCGUAUAAUAUUACAGAUUGAUUAUAAUGGUUCAGUACUUUUGGUUCCAGCCAGUGUUAAUCCACAAUUCUAAACAUAAAGUUUAGUGCUUGAAAUAUAAUAUGGUCGACCGUUUUAUUAGGGACUAUUUAUUACCUCAUAGUUUUAAGAUCAUUAGCUUAUUGUCUAGUGACUCAAAUUAUUGUUGGUGAUGAAUAAAUACUAAAAGAUUAAUGAUAUUAAUUAGGACAAUAUUUUUACACUUUAUAUACACGCAAUUAAGUGAACUUGUAUUAUAAGUAUACUACAUUCAUAUAAUACAAAGCGAUAUAAAAUAAAAAAUAUAUUUGAUUUUAUAAGAACAUUUCAUAUUUAUUGUUUAUUUCUUAAAGAAAUAUAGCAAAUCUGAAGAUUUUUCCAAUUACUAUUAUAAAAAAAGGAAUGGCUGAAAACUUAGUUACUAUACGGUAUUAACGAUAUAGCAGAUAAGUGGUAUUAACACCAAACCUAAUAACAAUUAUUUGUUAGUGAAAAAAUAUCCAUCAAUUAAUUUGAUCGAGGGAGUUCAUGACAAGAAACAGUUACUUGUCCUAUACUUACCGUAAUUGAAUACUAAUAAAAACUAACAGUUCUUUGUGAAUAAUAUUGAGUUAGGUAGGAAACAAUGGUUAUCUAAUCGUCAGUCUCAAGUAUGCGAUACAGAAGUCGUUUAGCCAAGCGUCCGUGCUGUACUGUAAGUCUUGCUCAUGAGUCAGCUGUGUGUUGUAGUGCCAACAUCGCUGUAGGUCACGCUCCUAAAUAUCACAUCCGUUCUUUCAACAUCCUGUCAGAAGUCGUUGUCUGUGUCAACCCUCAGAGAUGUUUAAGUUGUUAGUGUUCUCGUGUCUACUCGGCCAUGUCCUCUCUGCUGACAUCCUGGCAGUGUUCCCGCACACCGGCAAGAGUCACUUUGACGUGUUCGAGCCACUGGUCCUCGCUCUUGCUGCAAGAGGUCAUCAAGUCACCGUCCUCAGCUUCUACCCCCAGGAGACCCCUGUGACUAACUACACCGACAUAAGCCUCGUUGGGACGCUGCCCAUGUUCGUUAAUGCUCUGCAGUUCGAUUAUCUGAAAGGUUCAACCCCAAUAUUUGAAUUUACUUUUGUCAGUGGCAUCGGGCUGAGUGUUUGCGAGUCGGUAUUAUCCUCUUCACAAGUGAAGUCUCUCAUAAGUUCCGGCAAAAAGUUCGAUCUUGUGAUCGUCGAAUUGUUCAACAGUGAUUGCUUUCUUAGUCUGGUGGACUUCUAUGGUGUUCCCCACAUCGGUCUUUCUUCCUCCAGGGAUCUACCUCACCACAACCCUAGAGUAGGAAACCCAGAUAGUUUUUUCCUUCUCGAAUAACAUUUUCUACCCUAUAAUACCACCCUUAAGCUUCCUUCAAAGAUUGCAGAACGUGGCUUACACACUCGGCAUGCGCUUGGGCAGGACGCACUACUAUUCUGUACGAGAGCAGAAGCCCAUACGCCAGGUGUUUGGCCAUGAGGUGGAUCUC